AUGCUCAUAAUCAGUCGCGGAGAAGUUAAAGUCAUUUCACCUGAUAAUGAAGGUCUUCUUGCAAUACUUAAGCAGGGUAGUUUUUUUGGCGAAAUUGGCCUUUUGCGUCACAUGACGCGCUCAUGUACAGUAAUCGCGGGCACUUUCUGCGAAUUAAAGUCGCUGGUGAGAAAUGAUGCUGAAGGAAUCUUUGUUGCUUACCCACAUAUUUACGAUCGGCUUUUUGCCGAGGCUGAGAAGCGCCGACUUGAAACCCGUAUGAAAGCAAGACUUUAUAACGUCAAUGUUUUAGACAACGCCCAUGCCGUGGAUGUCAGUAGUAUUGUGGAUGUACCCGCAGGAGAGAUUAAUCGAACAUCUUUUGUUGAUGGGGCUGCUGACGAUAAACCUUUAGCGACAGUAUCUUCAGAUUCUCGUAUUAAUUCGUUUCGAACUGACGAUAGCAUUGCUGUCAAUCGUGAGCUGGACAGCAUGGACAGCAAUCUUCACGAAGUUCAGCGCUUAAUCGAAACAUUAAUGGCAACGCAGGGUCGACUGUCUCGAGUUCAGGAACGACGGCAGUCAAUUCAUUUGGCACUGAGUCCUCUUCAGCCCAUCAACAGCAUCAACUCAGCACUAUUUAAUGAUUCAUCAUGUAAAGGUGACUUUAGAAGCAGCAGUCCCAAUCGCAAGCGAGAUUCUUUUCGAGAAGUACAAGGAUCAGUCAGGUAA